UAAUCAUCGCACUAGGGAAAUGUUUUCGGAAUUGGGCACAAACUCGCUUGUUUGUUUUCAUGCUCUUUGUGCGGGGAUUAGUUGGCGUGCCGGGUCUGGGAAUGCUGCGAGAGCUGGGCAAUCCAUAAUCCAGGAUUUGCCUCCGCCUCGAGGCUUAUGGAAAACAGAUGUCUGGCGGUUCUGGGACUGAGCACAGAAUGGAAAUGAUCAACCAGAGAGCCACUGGGAACCGAGUCUCCGAGUUAAGGUCCUUCAGAAUCCAGCCAAGAGGCAGACUUUCCAACUCUUUGUCUAUUUUUACUAAAGGUAGCUGCUACCCCAGGAUUAUCAGCCUAUCCCUCAGUAAACGUUUGGUGAUAAAGGCGUCUCACCUUCAUUUAGCAACCGUCUGCAUCAUCGCGGCUGCGGGGGAGGAAAAGCAGGGGGAGAGCAGCGGGCGCGAAAGCCCGGGUCGCCUGCCCCCCGCCUGAUGUGAGGGAGCAAAACUCGGCCCGGAGAGGCGGCCGAGGCGCGGGGAAGCCAGAGGCGGAGUCGGCGUAGGCGCGCUCCCGAGUGCGCGUGGUUUUCUCCAUUUCGCACAGCAGCGUGCAGGGUCAAAGGCAGCUGGACCUCCAUGUCAGUGGUCUAGGAUGGCCAGUGAAGGCACCAACAUCCCAAGCCCUGUGGUGCGCCAGAUUGACAAGCAGUUUCUGAUUUGCAGUAUAUGCCUGGAACGGUACAAGAAUCCCAAGGUUCUCCCCUGUCUGCAUACUUUCUGCGAGAGGUGCCUGCAGAACUACAUUCCUGCCCACAGUUUAACCCUCUCCUGCCCCGUGUGCCGCCAGACCUCCAUCCUGCCCGAGAAAGGGGUGGCUGCGCUCCAGAACAACUUCUUCAUCACAAACCUGAUGGACGUGCUGCAGCGAACCCCAGGCAGCAACGUUGAGGAGUCUUCCAUCUUGGAGACAGUCACCGCUGUGGCUGCAGGAAAACCUCUCUCCUGCCCCAACCACGAUGGGAAUGUGAUGGAAUUUUACUGCCAGUCGUGUGAGACCGCCAUGUGUCGGGAGUGCACUGAGGGGGAGCAUGCAGAGCACCCCACAGUCCCGCUCAAGGAUGUGGUGGAGCAGCACAAGGCCUCACUCCAGGUCCAGCUGGAUGCCGUCAACAAAAGGCUCCCAGAAAUAGAUUCUGCUCUUCAGUUCAUCUCGGAAAUCAUCCAUCAGUUAACCAACCAGAAGGCCAGCAUCGUGGACGACAUUCAUUCCACCUUUGACGAGCUCCAGAAGACUUUAAACGUGCGCAAGAGCGUGCUGCUUAUGGAACUGGAGGUCAAUUAUGGCCUCAAACACAAGGUCCUCCAGUCGCAGCUGGAUACCCUGCUCGAAGGGCAGGAGAGUAUUAAGAGCUGCAGCAGCUUCACGGCGCAGGCCCUCAACCAUGGCACCGAAACCGAGGUGCUGCUCGUUAAAAAGCAGAUGAGCGAGAAGCUGAACGAACUGGCUGACCAAGAUUUCCCAUUACAUCCGCGGGAAAAUGAUCAGCUGGAUUUCAUAGUGGAAACCGAAGGGCUGAAGAAGUCCAUCCACAACCUCGGGACGAUUUUAACCACCAAUGCCGUCGCCUCUGAGACGGUGGCCACGGGCGAGGGGCUGCGGCAGACCAUAAUCGGGCAGCCCAUGUCCGUUACCAUAACAACCAAGGACAAAGACGGCGAGCUGUGCAAGACGGGCAAUGCCUACAUCACCGCCGAGCUGAGCACUCCCGACGGGAGCGUGGCGGAUGGAGAAAUCCUGGACAACAAAAACGGCACCUACGAAUUUUUGUAUACUGUCCAGAAGGAAGGGGACUUCACCCUCUCUCUGAGGCUCUAUGACCAGCACAUCCGAGGCAGCCCGUUCAAACUCAAAGUGAUCCGGUCGGCCGACGUGUCGCCCACCACCGAAGGAGUGAAGAGGCGCGUCAAGUCCCCGGGAAGCGGCCACGUCAAGCAAAAGGCUGUGAAGAGGCCGGCGAGCAUGUACAGCACCGGGAAACGAAAAGAGAACCCCAUCGAAGACGAUUUGAUCUUUCGAGUGGGUACCAAAGGAAGAAAUAAAGGAGAGUUUACAAAUCUACAGGGAGUAGCUGCAUCUACAAGUGGAAAGAUAUUAAUUGCAGAUAGUAACAACCAAUGUGUGCAGAUAUUUUCCAAUGAUGGCCAGUUCAAAAGUCGCUUUGGCAUCCGAGGACGCUCUCCCGGGCAGCUGCAGCGGCCCACAGGAGUAGCCGUGCAUCCAAGUGGGGACAUAAUCAUUGCAGAUUAUGAUAAUAAAUGGGUUAGCAUCUUCUCUUCAGAUGGGAAGUUUAAGACGAAAAUUGGAUCAGGAAAGUUGAUGGGGCCCAAAGGAGUUUCCGUGGACCGCAAUGGGCACAUUAUUGUGGUGGACAACAAGGCGUGCUGUGUGUUUAUUUUCCAGCCAAACGGGAAAAUAGUCACCAGGUUUGGUAGCCGAGGAAAUGGGGACAGGCAGUUUGCAGGUCCCCAUUUUGCAGCUGUAAAUAGCAAUAAUGAAAUUAUUGUUACAGAUUUCCAUAACCAUUCUGUCAAGGUAUUUAAUCAGGAAGGAGAGUUCAUGUUGAAAUUUGGCUCAAAUGGAGAAGGAAAUGGGCAGUUUAACGCUCCAACAGGUGUAGCAGUGGAUUCAAAUGGAAACAUUAUUGUAGCAGACUGGGGAAACAGCAGGAUCCAGGUUUUUGAUGGAAGUGGAUCGUUUUUGUCCUACAUUAACACAUCUGCUGACCCUCUCUACGGCCCCCAGGGCCUGGCCCUAACUUCUGAUGGCCAUGUCGUGGUUGCAGACUCUGGAAAUCACUGUUUCAAGGUCUAUCGAUACUUGCAGUAACAGUGGGCAACUGGACACCCCCUUACAAAGGUCUUGCACUAUAAACUGGAAUGGAUGUUUUCUACGCGGGACCAGAUUAUGUCUAGACUUUUCUUGCUAGAAGGAAUCACUGGUGAACUUUUCCAAGGUUAUUUCUGAAUGUAACAAUUUCCUUAAGACUGCAUAUCCAACUUCCACAAUUCACCUUUAGGGUUUAAAAAAAAAAUCUCUUCUAUGGAAUUAUAAAAACUGCCAAGUUUUACACCUGUGAACUAUGGCUUAUAGGACAAGAAUUUAUGUAGUUAAACUAAUUUUGCAAGUGAAACAAACAUUUUUAAAAAACUAGAAUAUUUAAAGGUGUUUGUUAAUCCUGUGAAUGGUAGCUUUGGCUCAGAGCUUCCAAAAAAACGGAACAAAACAAAGACAAAAUGUGUUGUAGUUAUUUACUUUAUUUAACCUAGGUCACAUGACCUGGGGAAUCUUCUAACCACACUUUCGUAAUAGGUAUUACUCGUGCAACAUUUUUUUGGUCAUCAGUAACUAUAAUAUAAGUUGCUUUAGAAUAAAUAAGGCUGUCUUGCAGAAUCCUCCCAGGUCUGAUUGGUGGGCUUUGAGUUUAGCUCUUAAGAAUCAAUCCCAGUUUCCCCACCUUUCUGGGUUAGAUCAAAGAUCUUUGUGAUGUUUUCUUUUCACCUUCUCUUUCCUACUCACCUUGUACCAGAAAACAAAGUCCAUUUUCAGGUAGACCUGAAAUUCUGAAUGCUUUGUAAAGCAUAUUAAAAUAGUAAUGCUACCUUUUGGUAAACAGCCCCAUAACUCCAGAUUAACGCACUGGAAUGUAAUCAAGAAAAUGUUAGUCACGUUGUAUGUGCCAUGUUCACACGUGUCUCUCUCCUUCCACCUCAUGAAAGCGAAAGCUUUACCUCCUGCAGAUUGUCAGCACAUGUAGAAGGACACCAGUGUCCGAGGACAGAGCACCAUGAGUAGCCCUUUGGAGGACUGAUGGUGUCAACCAAAGGCUUGUGAUUGAUUAAUGGUUUCCCCUUAGAAAGCAAGUGUUACCAAAGUUGUGUUAUCUUGAAGGCAUUACAGGUAAGGGCAUGUUAUGGUUAUUUAUCAUUGUCUAAUGAAUAGUAGAGACAUUAAAGGGACUAUGUAUACAUGCUUAGGGUAAGGUAGACUGUAUAAUAUAAAUAUAUAUCUAUAUAGCUGAAUCUUUGGUAUAUUGAAAUAGGCAGCACUCUGAAAGACAGACAAGCAUUGUCCAGCCAUUCUUCAGCACAUUCCUUUCCUGUGCAGCUUAAAGACAUCCCAGUGGAGCAAGCCCUAAAGCAGAUUCAUUUUUGCCAUUUUCCAGGAAUGAUGGUGAUGGCUGACUUUUAGUCAGAAAAAUGGCCUCUGUCCUUUUCAAAAAACAGUAGGUCAGAAGAAAAGUUCCACUUGAGUUUCACUUAAUUUAAACUAAGUAUAAAUGCAACUUGAAAAAUUUUAAGAAUAAUUUAGCCAAUCGUUUAUCUGUCAUUGAUGCUUUAAGAUGCGGUCCAUUUCCACUGGUUUAAUUUUCUACUCAGUUCUACCAAAUAGGAUGUCAGGUUUGGCAUUUUUGAUGACUUUGGGGUCUCUUUUCAGUGAAAGCACCUUAGAACUGUACUAUAAGGAAACAUUUCCCAUAUGUAUAAUUAUAUUAAUGUGAUGUUUAUUGCUUGUUAAUAUAUAAUUCAGUCAUUCUCUUAUAGGAUUUUUUUAAAUUCAGAAAGGAACUCUCUAGCUACUUCCAAUUGUUUGUUAAAUUUAUUGUGUCUGAAUCAACCUCUGAAAAAAUUUUUUCAGGAAGAUUUACAUUUAUGUUUAGUAUUUUCUUAGAGUUUUAAAAAAUAUUUGGGCCUAUGAUAAAAUGAUAAAAUUUCAAUAACAUUUUUAGAAAGUUAAACUAAGACAUUUUUUCUAACGUCAGUGAAGUAAGUCUAUGAAUUGAACCAUUCAUAUUUACUGAGUACCUAUUAGGCAUCAGGCACUGUUGUAGCCACUGAAAAAAUCCCCAUCCCCUUGGAGCUUACAUUCUGCAUAGAGGAUAGGCUAGACUGUUGGUAGUUCUUAGACCGUUUAAAAGAAAACUUAAAAAUUGGUUAAAUUAAUUUUAGGUUAUUUUCACAAGUAAAAAUGGCUUCCUAAUUAGAUUCUGUCACAGGCUAUUGAUCUUAAGACUAGUUUAUUUAAAGAGAUUUUUUACACAACAUUUAUGUUAUAGUUGUGAACUUAGAAACCAACUUUUUAUAAACUAACCAGCCGUCCUACCAUAUCAGGCUGGGUAUCUCGGUAGUAGAUUGAAUGCAAAACUUAAUGUUUUACAUAUCAAUAUUGGCACAAACUGGAAUGAAAGAAUACAUACUCUGAUUCAGAACUGUUUGACCAUCUGUUUCUAAGACCCACGUUCUGGGCACUCUGAGAAACACUAUUUCUCCCCCAAAAUUAUUUAAUCAUAAAUGUUAAAGUACAGAUAACAGUUCACACUUGGAUACAUAUGUGCAUUUACUGUAUUUCUCGGUAAGCAUAUUUUUGGGGAAGAUGUCUUGCUGCUAAGAUUCAAAUAGACAAAGUGUAAAUGAAAUUUUGUCACAUCCUGUUAAGAAUGGUUUCUGGUAAACUGAGAAGGACAUGAAAAGAAGUGGCUUUUUUUCUGGGCUACCAUUAUUGUUCGAUUUCUUUUUGUGAAAUGUACAGAACCUGUCAGUCUUCAUGGUAAGUAGCACUGAAAAAGUACUCAUUCAAAUCCCCACCUCCCCUGGGCACUUAUGGCAAAAUAUUGCCACUUAGAAUUUAAAGGUCAGUGACAAUGCAUUCCCUCUCAAUACAGACUUCCCUGCUGGACAUGGGGAGAUAGGGAGUCACUUGUCCACUCAGAAACAAAUAAAUAAAAAGCCUUUAUGUACUGUUUGCUUAUUUUUUUAAGGGUACUUGAUAUUUUGAUCAAACUUUCAUUAACCACUAGAUUUGAGGCAAACAAGUACUCCAGAUCCAUGCAACUAGAACACACUUGCUUUUACUAAAUAUACAGGGUAUUUCCUAACACAGAGUUCACUGGAAAAGCAGUGCAUUAGCAUGUAUCCGUGGAUCCUUAACAUUGAAGGUUAACAUAAAUGUUUUUGGUAAACCUAUGAAUCAAUUGGAAGAAACAGCAAAUAUACAUCAGAUUAUUCCAAAUGGGAAAAAAAUCUUUUUGUACAUUCGAAUUCUGUAGUAACCUCUCUAUUCACUAGUUUCUAAAACAGGAGGAAUGUUUUCAGUUUAAUAAUUUAAAACCAAGACAUUUCCAGGUAGGAUAAAAUUGCAGCUGUUUGAUGCAAACAUUACCUAAUUUUGCUUAAAACCAGAAGUCGUAAUACUAUUGCAUUCUGUAAAUGAGGCAGGGUUUGAAACUUUACAAUUGUUUUAAUAUUUUUGAUAACUAAGAAUCUAGUAUUGCCAUAAAGGAAACUAAGUGCCCAUUAAAGAUUUGUUUGUUAUAAAUAACUAAUUUUUUGUUUUGUUUUAAAUGACAGUAAGCCACAAAUCAUGAUGUUAAUCUUAAAAACUUUGUGAAGAUGAACUGUGUGGCAGUGAUUGUGUGGUCUGUUGGUGGAGAAUGUAUGAAAGUUAUUAAUUUCUAUUCUAGAAUAGUUUAAUAAAUUGGCUAUUGUUCCAAUGAAUGUACAGCAUUUCCAUUAACUUUUGAAAGCAACACAGCCUUAAUCUCAGUGCUUUUGCUUUAUGACAUGGGAAUGUUCUGUCAUCAACAGAGUGUAUUCUUAUAAUAGAAUUCUUUAUAUCAUCUCAAUUCUAUAGCCAUUCAAUCCUCUGUAUGAGUAUGAAGGUUUUUGCUUCCUUUUUUUUAAUUUUGUACAUUCCGUCUUUAUAGAUCCGUCUCAUGUGUCUUGUGCAUAGAACACUAAGUCUUGUGCUCUCUGACAUUGAUACUGAUAUAUUCUCUUUAUUUGUUCUUUUAAGAAUCAAAAUAAUGAUUGCCUAUUUAAAGAAAAGAAUGAACACUGUGCAUCAAGGUGUUUGUACAUUCGUAGCUACAUAUGUACCACAGUAUUUUGGAUGCUUUAGUCUACAAUAAAACUUUAAAUUAAUUCUGUCUUGAAACACAGGAGAAGCAAGAUUCAUGUGUAUAACUUCACCAUGCACAAAAUCUCAAAUCAUUAUAAUAAAGCUUGUUUUCUCCA